AGCCACGGUAACUCUGAUGUCAACUUAACGAAGGCUGAAAUCUCAUUGACAGAUGCAAGCAAAAGACUGUUUACAGAAAAAAGUGGCGCUCUGCUACAAAUUUAGUGAAAAACAUUAAAAUUUUGGUAAUCUCGUUGUAAAAAAGCAGCAAAAAUUGCGUCGGAAGCGUCUGAACAACAACAAAAGAUGGAUAGGCGAAAGAAACGCACAUCCACAAAUCAGUAUAUGAUGUACUUGGACAUGAUGGAAAAGGACUCUAUUUUUGCAACAGGACGCAUUCCACGCGAUGUUGAAAGCAAUUAUUUGCAUAAAAAAUGGAAGGAACUUUCCGACAAGUUAAAUACAUGUAACAGUGGACCAACGCUAACAGCGGAAGAGUGGCGGAAGCGCUUAAACGAUUGGAAGAACACAACCCGCUGUAAAUAUAGGCGGAGCAUCUCCGGAGAAAAAGAUAUAUCAUUAACAUCUCUAGAAUUAAAAGCGCUUGAUCUCUUUGGCAAAGUGCCAAACACAUCAUCGGAGCCAGUGAGUAUAACCCUAAAGUGUGAAAAAGAAGAUCCAGACGAAGAAAUCGAGCAUCAGCGAACAUCUGAAUCUCUUCAAAAAGAGUUGCAAGCUGCCGUUGAAGAAGCUAUAUGUGGUGAUGAUGACGAAGAUGCCCUACAGGAAGAGGGAGAAGAACAAGAAGAGAUCAUAACACAUACAAUUACAAACAAUGUUCAAACAUCUGUAGGGAGUGCGAGUACAGCAGGAAAUGUAGAAACUACGGCAUAUCGUACUAUUGUUGUGGAAAACGCGCAAUUUACAGAUGAAGAGCAGAAUCAAGAUCAUUUGGAGUUUAUCACGCAACGACGUCAUACUCUAGGAACGUCAUCCACUUCGAGCAAUGCUGUGGCAACGGCCGUGCAAACGACGGUAACAGCGGCGCCUCCCAUCCAAGCCAGUGUCACAAAACUCAUCAAUGGAGAAAUGCCGUUGAAACGGUUGCGUACACAACCUCCCACCGAACAAGUUAUCUACGAAGUUAAAAAGGCUCCAAUAGCGCAACAUCCACAACAGCGAACCAUAACUAUACGUAAUACUGCAGUGCCGCAAUCGGAAUGUAACAGCAGUAGCAGCAGCCACUUGAUGGCUUUGAGCAGUCUUGCAACGCCGGAUGCGCGUGAAAUAGCACGCCAACUUAAACGCAUAGCGGAUGUUAAAGCUGAAAAGCUGAGAUUCGAAAUAGCACGCUUUAAGUUCAACAAUCCCGGUUUUGUUUAUCAUUCACCUACAUUAUAGUAUACUUAUAUUCGAGUAUACGUACAAUAAUAUAAACUUUGCAACGGGAAUGCGAAAUAUUAUUCACAAAAUUUUGUUUUAAAAAAUUUUUCUACUUAGUUAUAUAAUCGGCCCAAAUAUUAUAUCUUACUAAACGACUAGCAGUAGUAGAUCUAACGCUUUACACAGUCCUAAAUUAAUUGAUUAUUCCAAUCGUUUAUGCUUUUUUGUAUUUAUCAUUUAUUAUUUAUAAGGUAAUUUAAGUCUCACAAAUAAGUUACAUACUCUAAUUCUGUUUGCAAGCUUUGGCAAUUGAUGAAGAAUCGGUAGUAUUUCGAAACACUACCAUUUUAUCAGCGACACUCUCAAAUGCCAUAGUCUUCUCUAAAGUACAUCGAUACUUUACUUAAAUACCUUUGCUUCUUAUUUAAUACAUGUUUUUUCUAAUUUCAAAAACGUAUUUCAUAAUAACUAAGCAAAGUCAUUUACGAAGUCUUCUUUCAAUCGCAUGCACACUGCAUGCAUUUGAAAUUGGAGUCGAAAUAAGUGAAAACUCUUGCAAAUAAGAAGAAUAAAUUAAGUGUACAAUUGAUUUUAAUUAUAUGUAUGUAUAUGUUACUGAAAUAUUUAAACAUAUGUAAUACACAUGUGUAUGAAAUUUUAAAUAAAUAAAUUUCACUAUA